GGAGUCAGAUCGCGCCCGCCCCUCUCUCGGAGCUGCGCCCCUCACGGUGGGGCGGUGUGGGGGAAGGUGCGGAGGUGGGCCGGGUUUCAGUGGGGGCGGCGGCGCGCUCGCUCUCGGGAGAAGCGCGCACCCAGGGCGGCGGGGAGAGAAGCAAGCCGGCUGGGAGCGGAGCCGGGUGUGUGUGGGGCUGCGUGUGGUGUGAGCGGGAGCGUGUGUGAGGGAGGGCUGGCGGCGGGAAGCGAGUGAGAGGGGCCGAGCCGAACCGAGCCGCCGCGAUGAACACGGUUCUGUCGCGGGCGAACUCGCUGUUCGCCUUUUCGCUGAGUGUGAUGGCGGCGCUGACCUUCGGCUGCUUCAUCACCACCGCCUUCAAGGACCGAAGCGUCCCGGUCCGGCUGCACGUCUCCCGAAUCAUGCUAAAAAAUGUGGAAGACUUCACUGGACCUAGAGAACGAAGUGAUCUGGGAUUCAUUACAUUUGAUAUAACUGCUGAUCUAGAGAAUAUAUUUGAUUGGAAUGUAAAGCAGUUGUUUCUAUAUUUAUCAGCAGAAUAUUCAACAAAAAAUAAUGUUCUGAACCAGGUUGUCCUUUGGGACAAGAUCAUCCUGAGAGGCGAAAAUCCAAAGCUGGUGCUGAAAGAUAUGAAAUCAAAAUACUUUUUCUUUGACGAUGGAAAUGGUCUCAAGGGAAACAGGAAUGUUACUUUAACUCUCUCUUGGAAUGUUGUACCAAAUGCUGGAAUUCUGCCUCUUGUGACAGGAUCGGGACAUGUCUCUAUUCCAUUCCCAGAUACAUAUGAAAUAACAAAGAGUUAUUAAAUUAUUAUUCUGAUUUUGAGCAACAUAUUUUUAUACUUAAUGAAUUUUAUCUCAUUUGCCCCAUCCUUUUCCCUUUUCCUUCUCCCUCUUCUUUUGUCCUGAAAGCAAGAGAUACUUAAACUUGCUCUUGGCUGUAACUUUUACAAAAAAUUAGGUUUCUUUUGGUUUUUGUUUUUUUUACAGGAGCCAACAUUGAAAAACGUAACUGAAAGGAAAGGUAAAUGUGUGACAAUUUUUUUUAAUUGGCCACCUGAAUGAAGUAUUACCUUUCUUAAUAAUAAAAGUUGAAAAACCCUCAAAUAGUCUUGAUUUGUAAAAUAUCUAUUUGAAGUAUUCUCUGCAUUUCCAUUAUUAUGGAAUAUAAAGUGAAGAGCAUGAAGGGUAGUUAAAACUUCCCAGGUGUCUGUAGAGUCAUAACAACUCUGUAUUAUAUGCCUUCCAUUCAUGCAGAUAAGCAUUUGAUGUGAUUCAGAUGUAGGCAUCCUCUUGUAUCCUUUUUGAGUAUGUCUGAUAUUUGGCAAAAUACUGUCAUAUAUUGUUAUAUAUUAGAAGUCUGGUUUACAAAAUAGCUAAAAGUGAGUAAGUGUCACUUAGGAAUGCUCAUAUUUCAUUUUUUUACAUACAGGUAACUAGCCGUUUUCUCCACUUAAAGGCUAAAUACCUCUCUGUGCUGUAAACCAGUCUGUAACAAAACUUUUUAAAGCCUCUUAAGUGAAUCAAAUGUGUGUCUUUUAAGUGCUUUU